AUGUCUCGCUGUAUCACCCCUGAAGACCUGCUUAAAGAUCCAUCGAUCCUUCUUCGAAAGAAAGGCCAUGAUUCCUCCGAGGGUCUUCGCAGUUUUGAAGGCCAAGUUGGAGCCGUAGUGUGGGAAGGAAGUCAUUUCGUUACAAGCCCGAACAUGGAUCAUAUCUGGGAGCCCCCCAGAGUAUCCCGGAUUACUUACAUGGAGGAUAUGCGGUACGGAGAACACGAUCCCCUUCAAUGGCCCCAACCCUUCAUUGGGAGUUUUUGCUAUCUUGCCGCCAUUCGUCGAAGGCCCGACGAUCUUCGUGCAAUCAAUCGAUUUUUUAUAGCGUUUUAUCGCUUAGAAGAUUCUGACUUACUUGCGCAAGAAGGGGUUCUUAGCGGACUGUAUACCUUGACUCCCCGAUUGGUCUCCCUAGCGAAGAACUUUGUACAAAACAGAGUUAUUGCAAAAUCGAAAGAAUAUGAAAGCCAGGAUGAUGCACCCAAAAACGACAUCUUGUUGAAGCUCCAACCGUCAAUCCUUCGAACAGUCAAUCAUCUCGAAAACCUCCCAAUGACACGACGAAAAAUAAAAUUCUUAUUUGCCGAACUACAAAGAUAUUUUCUGGAAUUUACAGCCGCCUUUGAAUACCUGACAAUCUAUCUCCCCAGGAUCAAAGGUACUAUGCCAGCUGCCACGGCGGCUAAUAAAAAACUCAUUGGUGCUUUUGUUCAAACUGCGGCGGAUGCGGACGACCUUUUCCGAGCGGGUAUUCCAGUGUGGGUGAUUCGUGAGGCCAAAUGGGCAGGGAAUGACCGUGUAGAUUCGUUGUGCGAGGUACAGAAACCACAGGAUUAUCUUUGUCUGGACAGUGCUUUUUUGCAUUUUCCAGUGGAUUAUCGUGACUCGUUGACCAGCCCGAACAAGUAUAUCACUUUCGGUCGAUUCGCACGAGGCUUUCUUUCAUACGGGGAUGCAUAUAACCUGCGAGCGUACGAAGCUCCCAUUCCGCAAUCGACCGGUUCAGAGCAGACCUCGUCAACCUUUAAAAUAGGUCCUAGAGUGGCCACGAGCCGCGAGAUCAGAAAAUCAAAACAGCCGUAUCCUAUACCACAGAGGCAGGAUUUCUCAGAGCCGGUUAGUGUCUACUUACCACCAUCUCAAGAAGCAUGGGCCUCGGGGCUUUGCAAAAUCAACACUGAUGCCAAGAGGUCGCUCCUGGUCUCUCGUUCUAUGGCUCAAGGUGGAUACAUUCUGCCUAACCCUGAAGCCUUUAUCGGAGUAACGACAAGCAACAAGCGCGAGUUAUACAUCACAAACUGGCUGAAGUACCGCUCGGCCCUCAUGUAUUGCCUUACAGAAAGCCAGGGACGGUGUCCGCUGAGUAGUCAACUGUGGCGAGAUCUACUCAGACUCCCUGUGGAUGCUCUCCCGUCUACCAUAACUCAACCAGCCGCCACGGCAUCGUCGUCGACAAGCACCCGAACAUCUAGUAAAAGUUCUCAAAGGGGUGAGAUUCUACAAAGAAUUUUCGAAAACUUUGACUUUCAUGCAUCCGGAGUUGCAGUCAAUGGUCACGAACACCAGGUCACGUGGCGAGGUCAAGCUCUGAUAAAGGGCCAAGAACUGGAUAUAAACCUAGUACGAGAGGUGCUCUGGGAGUUAUCAGAGCUCAACUUUCGGUUUGAUCUCAUUGCGUUGGACCAUCAUCUUUAUCGUAGGACCCUCAAGGUUGAAAGAGAAGGCCAAAUUCUCCAGUCUCGUGAAGACGAUAUUCUCCUUUGUUUCGCAGGUGGGCCCUUGGGCACAUCUCCAUUUCUCGCACACAUCGCCAAUGCGGAUAUCGGCAUUGCCGCUGGUGAUUGGAUGGUUCGUCGCGCAUACAUCAUAUACCUGCGGAAUGCCAUGCGAGACUGGGAGGGUUUUGACUCCGCGGCCAAGCAGUGCCAUGAAGUAGAUCUGUUCACCAGAUCUUCGGAUAUUUUAUCUUUUGCGGAACACCAAUAUUUGCUCUUUGAGGUUGUACUGGUCCGACUUUUUAUUCAGCUUUUCUAUGAUGCAUUUGGUCGUGCGCCCGUCAUACCACGUCGAUUACAUUGA